AUGAAAAAUGUUGCUUCAACUAUAUAAUCUUAUAGAAAUGCAGUUGAAAUUGAUCCAAAAGAUUUUAGAGCAUGGUAUGGAUUAGGUUAAACAUAUGUUUUAUAAGGAAUGAAUUAAUAAGCUCUAUAUUAUUUUGGUAGAACUGUUAUUAGUAGACCAAAAGAUGCAAGAAUGUGGAAUGCUAUGGCUGAAUUUAUGAUAAAAUGGAUAAAAAAAUGAAAGAGCUAAUUUAUGUAAAGAUAAAGAAGGAAUUGUUAUACAUCAAUUAGUCAAAUUAUAUGAUGCUGUUGUAAUAUGAAUUUAUCUAAAUAUUCAGGGUAAGAAGCUUAAUGAGCAUUUUAAGAAAGUUUAAAGAGAAAAGAUGAAGAAUAAACAGUUGAUAAAGAAGUCUCUAAAGCUCUAUUGUAUUUAGCCAGAUCUUACUUAAAAAAAGGUGAUAAAGAAAGAGUUAUAUAAAUGGCAAAGAGACUUUUUGAUUUUAAUGGACCAGAAAGAGAUGAAGCUAAUUUAAUUAUGA